AUGGCCUCGAAAGUUUUAAAAUUUUCUGGUCAUAAUUACUUUAGACAAAGAUUGAUUCUCGCUACUUUAAGUGGGAAGACUGUUAAAAUCGAUAAAAUUCGUUCGAACGAUAGUGAUCCUGGAUUAAAGGAUUUUGAAGCAAGUUUUUUAAGAUUGUUGGAUAAAGUUACAAAUGGUUCAAUAUUAGAGAUUAAUUAUUCAGGUACAAGCGUGUUAUUUAAGCCUGGUGUAAUUACAGGCGGAACAAUAAGUCAUGAUUGUGGUACAGCUCGCGCAAUUGGAUAUUUUUUGGAACCGAUAAUUGCAUUAGCACCUUUUUCAAAGGAUCCAUUUAAUCUUACAUUCUUUGGAAUAACAAAUGAUAAUGUGGACACAUCGGUGGAUAUUGUGCGAACUGCUGUUAUGUUACAGCUUAGAAGGUUUGGUAUAGAAGAAGGUUUAGAAUUAAAGAUUUCUAAACGUGGUGCUCCACCUCUUGGUGGUGGUGAAGUCAAUUUUAGAUGUCCAGUCGUGAAAGCUCUUAAACCAAUACAGUUCAUUGAUGAAGGUCGGAUAAAACGUAUUCGUGGAUUUGCGCUUUCUUUGGUUGCCGAAUCAACAACAAGCGCUCUUAUAACUGCUGAACAAGCUGCAAAUCCAGGCGAAACACCAGAAGAUGUUGGCAAACGAACGGCAAAACUUUUACUUUCUGAAAUACGAAAAGGUGGUUGCAUUGGUUCACCGAAUCAAUGGUUGGUGCUUUUAUUGAUGGUCCUGAGCUCAGAAGAUGUAUCGAAAAUUAAAUUAGGACAGUUGACGGCUUUUACGUAA